AUGGGCCAGCUUUGCUGCUUUCCAUUCUCAAGAGCUGAGGAAAAAUUCAGUGAGUUGGAAAGCCCAUCUUCUGCAGUACUCCAGAGAUACAGCAAGGAUAUAGUCGGCUGGUCAAGUGGUGGGAAGAAUGGAGGUGAGCCUGAUGAUGCUGAGCUGCUAAGGCUCAGUAAGAGACUGGUGGAGAACGCGGUGCUCAAGGCAGUGCAACAGUAUCUGGAAGAAACACAGAACAAAAACAAGCCAGGGGACGGGAGCUCUGUGAAGCCUGAAGAGGUUGAUAGGAAUGUCAAUGACAGUGAUAACAACAGGAAAUGA